CCUCUGGCCAAUCGUGACUGAUUGCAGGGUGAAAGGCACAGUUCUCAGGCUCGUCGUAUAUGUGUACAGGGACCAGGGUGGAUCAUAUAUGUGGACAGGGACCGAGAGUACCAAGUGUGCCAGGUGGCAGAGAGAAGCUCCGGGCAUAAACAGGCAAGAGAGGUGGCAGGCCUUCCAGAAGGGCAAGGGACCCCAGGCAGUUCCAGACCCUAAGUCUCCCCCUCCAGGCCAUUCCCUUUGACUAUAAAGGGGAAUGCACACUGGGCUCCCUUCUGUGUUACAGCCCACCUCUUUGACCCUAGGGUUUAUGAUUACUGAACAUUCAGGAUCCAACCAAUGAGGCAGCCAGCCUGCUUUCAAGGGGUGGGCAAGCCCAGGACGGUAUCUCCUGGAUGCCAGUGAGCGGCUGAGAGCUGAAGCUCCCUGGACACUCAAGGCUCUUGUGGUGACAGGCCUGGCGUAAAGGUGUGUAGGGAGGCCUAGCUCUGUCUCCCAGACUUAGAGAUUUCAGACACAGAAGUCUGUCCAUGGCUCCUUAUCACAUCCGCAAAUACCAGGAGAGCGACCGCCAGUGGGUCGUGGGCUUGCUCUCCCGGGGGAUGGCCGAGCACAUCCCAGCCACCUUCCGGCAAUUGCUGAAGCUGCCUCGAAGCCUCCUACUCUUACUUGGGGGGCCCCUCGCCCUACUCCUGGUCUCUGGCUCCUGGCUUCUGGCCCUUGUGUUCAGCCUCAGCCUCCUCCCUGCCCUGUGGUUCCUUGCCAAAAAACCCUGGACGGAGUUUGUAGACAUGACAUUGCGCACAGACAUGUCUGACAUCACCAAAUCCUACCUGAGUGAGCGUGGCUCCUGCUUCUGGGUGGCUGAGUCUGAAGAGAAGGUGGUGGGCAUGGUAGGAGCUCUGCCUGUUGAUGAUCCCACCUUGAGGGAGAAGCGGUUGCAGCUGUUUCAUCUCUUUGUAGACAGUGAGCACCGUCGUCAGGGGAUAGCAAAAGCCCUGGCCAGGACUGUCCUCCAGUUUGCCCGGGACCAGGGCUACAGUGAAGUUGUCCUGGACACCAGCACCAUCCAGCUCUCUGCCAUGGCCCUCUACCAGAGCAUGGGCUUCAAGAAGACGGGCCAGUCCUUCUUCUGCGUGUGGGCCAGGCUAGUGGCUCUUCCUACAGUUCAUUUCAUCUACCGCCUCCCUUCUUCUAAGGUAGGGAGUCUGUGAUCUCUUUCUGUGUGUAUUGGUCAGAAGAGAAUCCAUUCAGCUGUAGCAGCAAGCAGUCCCCAACCUUUCACUGCAAUGACCUUUCAAUGCAAUAAAAGCUUAUUGUCCAUUCACAUCUGAGUCCCAUGUGAUUGCUUGUGGGGUAGCUUCUGGGUUUCUGCUUCAUUCAUUCUUUUUGAUUCCCAUCUGUUUCAUUUCUCUAGUGCCAGGAUAAUGUUGUAUAAGAACAACCAUAAAAUGAAACAAAUAUUUACUUAGUUCAUGAGUCUGAAGUCAGCACUUAUGGCUGAGCUUGGCUGGGCAGUUCCUCUGGUCUCAGAUUGCAUUGUACAAAUGCAGUGGGAUUGGCUGAAAGACUAGGUCAAUUGUGCUUUUUCGUUUUCCCUCAGGCUAGCUCAGGCAUGGUUUCAUAGAAAUUGCAGAGGAGCAAAAACAAAAGCAGAAGCAAACAAAUGUGUUUUCAAACUCCUGCAUGUGUCACAUCUUCCCCAAACUCAAGGAGAGAGGAACCUGCCUCUGUAGUGAGAAGGGCUGCAAAGUCACAUAGCAAAAGGGUGGAGUGCAGCCUCGGGAGAAGAAUUGGGGCCAGAGACACAAUCAAUCCACUCUAACUCUAGGGUCUCUGCGGAGGGAAGAAGGUGGCCUCUGAGGGGAGUGUAGGAUUUACCAUGGGCUAGACCUGGAAGUAGUAUAACUCUUCCAGGGGAUCAUAACAGGAUACUUGAGACUGGGUAAUUUAUAAGGAAAAGAGGUUUAUUUCGUUCAUGGUUUUGCAGGCUGUACAAAAAGCAUAGUGCAGGCAUCUGCUUCUGGUGAGGGCCUCAGGAAUC